AUUUCUUCUACAAACCGGUUUUGUGCUGCAAUAUUUCUUGCACACAAAUCUGUCCAUUCAUGGUCUUUGUGUGAUAUGUUUUGACAAAUUCUAAUGGAACUUAAACCAAGACAGGCCAGGCCUUGUCUUAAAUCCCCUCACUGCAUGUACUUUUCAAAGUCUUAACAGUUAAAAUGGUCAUUUAUUCAAAGAAAGGGACCACUUUUCCCCAGUGUCUUCAAAAUAGAUAAGCCUACAUUUUUCUUUGCUAGCUUUUUUAUUAGUCACAGGUAUGGCAGCUGCUACAAUAGUUCAUGACACUUCAGAAGCAGUGGAGCUCUGUGCUCCUUAUGGGCUUUACCUUAAACCCAUUACCAAAAUGACCAUCAGCGUGGCCCUUCCUCAGUUAAAGCAGCCAGGGAAGUCCAUUUCUAACUGGGAGGUGAUGGAACGGCUGAAAGGAAUGGUGCAAACUCAUCAGUUUUCAACUUUACGGAUUUCAAAAAGCACCAUGGAUUUCAUCCGCUUUGAAGGAGAAGUAGAAAAUAAGAGUUUGGUUAAAUCCUUUUUGGCUUGCUUGGAUGGGAAGACUAUCAAACUCAGUGGCUUCUCAGACAUUUUAAAAGUUCGUGCUGCAGAAUACAAAAUUGAUUUUCCUACUCGACAUGAUUGGGACUCCUUCUUUCGUGAUGCAAAAGAUAUGAAUGAGACUCUGCCAGGAGAAAGGCCUGACACUAUACAUUUGGAAGGUUUACCUUGUAAAUGGUUUGCACAGAAAGAUUCUGGCUCAGAAAAACCAAGUGAAGAAGUUCUUAUCAAGGUGUUUAGUAAAUUUGGGGAGAUACGCAAUGUGGAUAUACCCAUGUUGGACCCUUACAGGGAAGAAAUGACUGGCAGAAACUUUCAUACUUUCAGCUUUGGAGGCCAUUUGAAUUUUGAGGCUUAUGUUCAGUACCAGGAAUAUGCAGGCUUCAUCAAGGCUAUGAAUGCUUUACGUGGAAUGAAACUGAUGUACAAAGGGGAAGAUGGCAAAGCAGUGGCUUGUAACAUAAAGGUUUCAUUUGAUUCAACAAAACACUUGAGUGAUGCUUCAAUUAAGAAACGUCAGCUUGAAAGGCAGAAGCUUCAAGAGCUGGAAAAACAAAGAGAAGAACAAAAACGCAGAGAAAAAGAAGCUGAGGAAAGACAAAAAGAGGAGGAAAGGAGACAGAAGGAACUUGAGGAACUGGAACGAGAAAGAAAAAGAGAAGAGAAAUUGCGGAAGAGAGAACAGAAACAAAAGGAUCGUGAAAUUCGUAGGAACAAGAAAAGACUUGAAAAAAUGCAAGCUGAAGAGCAGAAAAAACUUCAAGAAAAAAUAAAACUAGAAGAGAGGAAGCUUCUUUUAGCGCAAAGAAAUCUUCAUUCCAUUCGACUAAUUGCUGAACUGCUGAAUAGAGCCAAGGCAUUAAAGCUGCUGGAGCAAGAACACAAUGAGGAAAAGGUCCGCCUUCAGCAGCUCGAAGAGAAGAGGAAGCUGCAAGAAGCUGAACUUCGUCGUGUAGAGGAGGAAAAGGAGAGAGCUCUUCGACUGCAGAGGAAAGAGAGGGAAUUAAGAGAGAAACUAUUAAGCAACCUCAUGAGCAAGAAGAUAGAAGCAACCCAUUUGAAAAGGAUAGAACUUAAUUCUGCUCCUUUGAAAGCAAUUGGGGGUGUUUCCCACUGUGUCAUAUCUACCUCAGCCCAGUCCACCUUGGCCAGACCCAUUCAGUGCUAUCAAAGCAGCAUAUCACCUAAUGAAAGCAUCAGUCCUCAGCUGAAAUACCUAAAUGGAAGCUUUCCGGAGCCGGUUCACAUCAAUGAACCGAAGACUGGUAUUAAUAACAAAGAGACUGUUUCUGAAGAAAAUAGCUCAGGUGUCCUUUCUUGCAUCCCUGUAAAUCAGCAAUAUAGGAAUGCAUCAGAAUAUGAACAGAAGACAUGCAAAAAAGACUUAUUGACUGAACAAGACAAGUGUAACAGAGAACCCAGUAAGGGGAAGAGCCAUUCAUACAGAGAUAUGCAUAACCAUCACAGCAAAGAAAAAACUGAAAAGAACAGACAUAAAAGAGACUUAAGCAGUGAGGAUGAAAAAUACAGAAAGGAUAGACAUCACAACAAAAAAUAUGCUGCAAAAAGUAGCAGUCCUUGCCAGAGAAGUUCAAGUCGAGAACAUGCACGAGAGAGGCGAUCCUUUAGUAGAGACAGGGAGCAGGAUAAAAGAGGAUGCAGUCAUGGUCACAAGAGCAAGAAACAAAAACAUCAAAAGAGAUCUUUGAGCAAUCAAAGAAACUCUUGGAGUAGGUAAUUAAUAUGACUUGGCCUUUUUGUAAGAGUUAUCUCAGGCAGGACUGGAAUGGACCCUCUGCGGAAGGGCGGGGGGGGAGGGAUGGAAACCCUGAUCAGUUAUUUUACUUGAAUAUAGUUUAAUGGAGCCAAAAUGCAUAUAACCAGGCAUUUUGAAAUUUUCUUUUGUGACUUCUCAUCUAUCAACUCUGCUGGCUUACUACUACUAUAGCAUACAUUGAGCAUUCUUGCUCACACUUUGACUGACUUUCAUGGUCUUCGCUUAUUUCUUCCACUGGAUCCCUUUUAAAGAUACAAUCACAGCAGCCUCUUUUUCAGAAACUGGCCUGUGUAUGCUUCGAGAAGGAAACAUGAACAUAAUAAGUAAUUAUGUGCUUGAAUCAUAUAAAUUCAACAAUUCAGUGCAGGAUGUUUUGCUACCUGAGUUGGUGCUAGAUGCAACCAUAAAGGCAAACCUAUUUUUAUAAAGUGCCAUGAUGGUUCUUGAGCAAUGCAUAUUUGAUAGCGUGAUCUAGGGCUCAAAUAGUCAUGGUAUUUGAUUCUAUUAUUCAGUGUUUCAGAUUUCUGUUUAAAAUAUGCACACACACUCUAGGAAUUUAGAGCCUUGGUGAAAGUACACAUGGGACUGCUGUAGUAUUUGAUGUUCGACUAUUUUGUUCAUACUGUUGGUUGAAAUACCUCUCCUCAUGCAGUUGCACAGACAUCUAUCUUUUGAAAGAGGGGCCUUCCUGCUAAAUUAUUUUUACUUGUAAUGUUCAGAUUCAAAGUUGCUAUUUCUCUUAACUAUGUUUAUAAUAUCUUUGCUUCUGGAAAUAAAGUUCAGGAAUUUCCAAAAAGAGAAGACGUUAGCAUUGCUGUGCAAAAACCAGCUUUACCAUCUUAUGGUAAAAACACAAAAGCCAUUGCCAGUGAACCCAAACUGCUGUUUCAUAUUUUAGUACAUUAAAGAUCUGUACAUUUACUGCAUUAAA